UUUUUAGUUACUAGAAGUAAUAACAAAUUCCUGUGGAAUAUUCUAUAUCGAAAAAUGUCCCUAGCAACGGAAACUGUAGCCACAACUGUGUACGAGGGUCAAAAGCCUGGCACCAGUGGAUUACGCAAAAAGGUUAAAGUAUUUACCCAAGUUAAUUAUACGGAGAAUUUUGUUCAAUGUAUUUUGGAUGCUAAUGGAGAUGCCCUUAAAGGUUCCACUUUAGUGGUGGGUGGUGAUGGACGGUUUUAUUGUAAAGAGGCUGCAGAAUUGAUUAUACGCAUGUGUGCUGCCAAUGGGGUUGGCAAAUUAUUGGUAGGUCAAAAUGGUAUACUGUCAACUCCUGCUGUUUCAAGUUUAAUACGUCAUCACAAAGCAUUGGGUGGCAUUGUCCUAACUGCUUCCCACAAUCCUGGCGGUCCCGAAAAUGAUUUCGGCAUUAAAUUCAAUUGUGAAAAUGGUGGCCCAGCUCCUGAUGCUUUUACUAAUAAAAUCUAUCAACUUUCAACUGCCAUUAAAGAGUACAAAAUUGUCAAGGCCCUUCCCGUGGAUAUAACCAAAGUUGGUACCACCACACACACUGUGAACAAUCAACCAUUUGUUGUGGAGGUUAUCGACUCGGUUGCCAAUUAUGUUAAUCAUAUGAAGGAGAUUUUCGAUUUUGCCAAAUUGCGGGAUUAUGUUAGCGGCAAAACGUCGGGUAAACCACUAAAAAUGCGUAUUGACUCCUUGAAUGGUGUCACUGGAUCGUAUGUUAGAGAAAUCUUCUUGAAUUGUUUGGGUGCCAGUGAACAGAGUGUUGUGCACACAACUCCCUUGCCAGAUUUUGGUGGUUUGCAUCCAGAUCCAAAUCUGACAUAUGCCAAGGAUUUGGUAGAUGCUGUGGCAAAUGGUGAUUAUGAUAUUGGAGCUGCUUUUGAUGGUGAUGGUGAUCGUAACAUGAUCAUUGGUCAUAAGGCAUUCUUUGUUACACCCAGUGAUUCGUUGGCUGUCAUUGCCCACUAUUUGGAGUGCAUACCAUAUUUCCAAAAGAACGGUGUACAAGGUUUUGCCAGAAGUAUGCCAACGGCCUCCGCUGUAGAUUUGGUUGGCAAAAAGCUGGGCAAAGAAGUAUUCGAGGUACCAACAGGCUGGAAAUAUUUUGGCAAUUUAAUGGAUGCCGGUCGACUGUGUUUGUGUGGUGAAGAAAGUUUCGGCACUGGCUCAAAUCAUAUCCGUGAGAAGGAUGGCAUUUGGGCUGUUUUGGCUUGGCUAUCCAUCAUGCAACACACCGGCAAGGGUAUUGAAGAUAUUUUGAAAAAUCACUGGUCAAUUUAUGGCCGUAAUUAUUUCACCCGUUACGAUUAUGAGGAAUGUGAAUUGGACCCAUGUAACGAAAUGAUUGCAACCAUGGAGAAGACCAUUACCGAUCCCUCAUUUGUGGGUAAGGAGUUCUCCAGUGGUGGUAAGAGCUAUAAGGUUAAGGUUGCCGACAACUUCUCCUACACUGAUCCGGUGGACAAGUCCGUGGCCACCAAACAGGGAUUGCGUAUUGUGUUUGAAGAUGGCAGUCGCAUUGUUAUGCGUUUGAGUGGCACCGGUAGCAGUGGAGCUACUGUGAGAUUAUACAUCGAUUCCUAUGAAAAGGACAAUGUUUUGGGUCAAGCCAGUGUUAUGCUGAAACCUUUAAUUGACAUUGCUUUAGAAAUAUCACAAUUGCCAAAGUUCACCGGCCGCAAUGCCCCCACCGUUAUUACAUAAAUUUCAUUACAUUG